AUGGCAGAACCCACUAAUGGUCAACCCAACCAGCCACCACGGCGCAUCCCCCAACCGGGAGACUACGAGAACCUCAGUCUCGCAACCAAAGGCAUCCACGCCGACGACCCCAUCAACUACAACAUCGAUGUCGCUCCUCCCCUCCACGUCUCCACCACCUACCGCUACAAUUCCGACCCCACAAAACUGACCCCCGUCAGCGACCUCGACCUCGUCAACCUCCACCCUCCCGGUGGCCCCAUGCUCGGUGAUGGCCACAUCUACUCCCGCCUCACAGCACCCAAUACCUCCCGCCUCGAACUCAUGCUCACCAGCAUCAUCGGCCAACCUGUCAUCACCUACUCCUCCGGCCUCUCAGCUUUCCACGCCUUACUCACAUACCUCCACCCCAAAGUCGUAGCAAUCGGCGACGGCUACCAUGGUUGUCAUGGUGUGCUUGGAAUCUACCAAAAACUCACCGGAUGCAAAAUCGUCAAUUUAUUCGAUGAGAAGAGCUGGGAUGAUGCCGGUUUGGGAAAAGGAGAUGUCAUACAUCUGGAAACUCCAGUGAAUCCUACGGGAAUCGCAUUCAAUAUUGAAGCUUUUUCACAAGCGGCGAAGAAGAGAGGUGCAGUUUUGACGAUUGAUGCUACUUUUGCUCCUCCGCCUCUACUCGAUCCGUUCAAGUUCGGAGCGGAUUAUGUGAUGCAUUCGGGGACGAAGUAUUUUGGCGGACAUUCUGAUAUGUUGUGUGGGGUUAUUGCGAUUGGACGAGAAAGAGAUGGGUGGGAGAAGGAUUAUUGGGGGAUGUAUGGGGAGAGGAUAUUUUUGGGAAGUGUGAUGGGAUCUUUGGAGGGAUGGUUGGGUGUGAGGUCUCUUAGGACUUUGGAGUUGAGGGUGUUGAGACAGAGUUCUAAUGCGGAGAAACUCGCGGGGUUUUUGAAUGGGGCUGUUCAAGGGACGGAGACUGGUGCAGGAACGGAGGUGAUUAAGAAGAUUGUGGAUAAGGUCGAACAUGCGAGUUUGCAGAAGAGUGAUAUGGAGUGGUUGAAGAGGCAGAUGCCGAAUGGGUUUGGGCCUGUGUUUUCGAUUUGGUUGAAGAGUGAGAAGGCUGCGAGGUAUUUGCCUAGUAAAUUGAGGUUGUUCCAUCAUGCGACUAGUUUGGGUGGUGUGGAGAGUUUGAUUGAGUGGAGGAAGAUGAGUGAUCCCGGGGUCGAGGGGACUUUGUUGAGGGUUAGUGUGGGUGUGGAGAAUUGGGAGGAUUUGAGGGAGGAUUUUGUGAGAGGGUUUCAGGAGUUGGAUGGGGAGAAUCUGGGAUAG